AUGGACCAAGGAAUCGAAGAUGCACCAGAUAGUGUUCCAGCACGACCAUCACAUCAGCCAGAUACCAGCAUGGGACAGACGUCUCAACUGAUUCUGGAACAUUGUUUAUUCGGAACAACCCCUGUCCAAAUUCAACGACCCAACUCAAGCCGGACAGCGCAGAUCAGUCCAGUGCCAAUGCCCUCGCAGUGCCUGCCUCUAGCGGAGGAUGAUCAACCUUGA